GUUCAACUGGAAAACUCUCCUAAUUUUCUGUGCACAACCCAAAAAAGAAAGGGAAAUCCAACUUGAAAAUUCUGUCAUAAUUGGUUAGAAGUAUAAAGAAAUAAGUGAAAAUGAUUCCCGAGACAAGCCCCGAAAUGUUGGAGGCCGAUGAGGUACCGGAGUCCAUUAAUAUUAUGGGUCCCAUUGAGGAGGCUCACGUGUUCGAAGGCUUUGACGAUAAUAAUGACGAUGAAGCGAAUGUCGAUGGUGAUAAUGACGAUGUAGAUGGCGACGGGAAUGACUUAAUUGAGGAUGAGGAUGAGAAUGAGGAGGAUUUACAUCCUUCUGCAUAUGGCGAUGUUCUACUGUUUGUUUACCAAGCCAUUUUCCAAUAA